CUGACCAGGGCACCCAGUUCAUGUCAAGAACACUGAGAGAACUUUACGGGUUACUGGGCAUCAAGUCUAUUCGGACCAGUGUGUACCACCCACAGACCGACGGUCUGGUGGAGCGUCUGAAUAAGACUUUGAAGUCCAUGAUCCGUAAAUUUAUUAAUGACGAUGAACGUAAUUGGGAUAAAUGGCUUGACGCUCUGUUGUUUGCAGUACGGGAGGACUCCACGGGGGGUGCUCGACCUCAUUAAAGAAAACUGGGAGGGGCCGAGCACCAGUAAAAACGAGAUCCAACACGUCCUGGACCUGCGAGCAAAGCUCCACACACUGGGUCAGCUGUCACGUGAGAAUUUGCUCCAGGCCCAGGAGCGUCAGCAGCGGCUGUACAACAGAGGUGCCAGGCUGAGACAAUUCACACCGGGAGAGAAGGUACUUGUAUUGCUUCCUUCUUCCAGCUCUAAACUCCUCGCCAAGUGGCAAGGGCCCUUUGUGGUCACACGGCGAGUGGGGGAUGUCGACUAUGAGGUGGUGCGUUCUGAUAGGGGCGGAGCUACACAGACUUACCACCUCAACCUCCUAAAAGCAUGGAGGGAGGCGGAGUCUGUUUCUCUGGUGUCCUCGGUAUCUGAGAGAGAGGAGCUGGGGCCUGAGGUCCCAAAAUCCACCAAUCCGGCCUCGCUCCUUUGUGAAGACCGUCUCUCCGGGACCCAGAAAACAGACAUUGCCCGGUUGCAAAAGCAGUUUGCUGAUGUGUUCUCUCUCCUUCCAGGACGCACAAACCUCAUAGAGCACCAGAUUGAGACUCCUCCGGGCGUGACGGUGCGUUUACGACCCUACAGGUUACCUGAACACAAGAGAAAGGUGGUUCAGCGGGAAUUGGCUGCAAUGCUGGAGAUGGGGGUAAUAGAAGAGUCCCACAGUGCCUGGUGUAGUCCCAUUGUUCUUGUGGUCAAGAAGGAUGGGUCUAUUCGGUUCUGCGUGGACUAUCGCAGGGUGAACGAUGUGUCACGGUUCGAUGCUUACCCAAUGCCCGGGUCGACAAGCUCCUGGACCGACUGGGCACUGCGUGUUUCUUUACGACACUGGAUUUAACCAAGGGCUACUGGCAGAUUCCUCUGUCGCCAGAGUCUAAGGAAAAAACGGCCUUCUCCACUCCGUUUGGGUUAUACCAAUUCACCACGCUUCCUUUUGGG